UCGACCUCCGUGCCCGCUAACUGGAACGGCUUCGGCUACCUCUUCAACAUAACAGUCGGCACUCCGCCGCAGAGCCUGACCGUGUUAAGCGACUGGGCCUGGGUGACGCUGUUCACGCGCAGCGCCCGCUGCGAGGGGCGCUACGACCCAGCCCACUGCGUCGCCGCGGGCCAGAGCUACUUCGACGAGCGCGCCUCGACAAGCUACAGCAACCAAACCACCCUCCCGCGCCUCCGGUGGGACACGAGCCUCUACUCGCCCGACUUCACCGUCAACUACGCCACCGACACAGUCUGCAUCAACCACCCGGACAACAACACCUCCCACAUCUGCACCACCCCCUCCACCACAAUCCAGGUCUCCGACUUCCCCUUCGCAGGCCACUACGUGCCCCCCGUCCCGUUCGGGGGCAUCUUCGGCCUCGCGCCGGUCAUCCCCGGCCUGAACGCGACCUACCACCCGACGCACUACCAAGCCUGGAAACAGGGCCGCGCGGGCGCGCAGAUCGGAUUCAACAGCUGCGCCAAGCUCUCGUCCAAGAGAUUCUGCCACGGCGGCGACGCCAAGUUCGUCUUCGGGGGCACGGAUCCUGCCCUUUAUGAUACCGACCAGGUGAUCUGGUACCCGAUCGUCACGCCGCCGUGGCUCGGCGACGAGAUGUUCCUGCCCAUCAAGCCCUCGAUCUGGAACUUCUGGGCCACCCGCUGGACCGGGGGGUGGAUCGUCGAGACCGAGCCCCGCCCCGAUGGCGAGAAGAGGUGGUCGUCGUCGUCGUCGUCGUCGUCGCCGACCAACUACGCCGUUCCGUUCCCUGCGACGGCCCUGAACAAAGACUUCCUGCCCGCGGACCACCGCGACCGGACCUUCCGGCGCGGGUCCCCGCGGUAUACCUCUACGGCCACGGCCGGGGGGGAACCGGAACUGAUCACCCCGCUCGCGGUGCUGGACGACGGCUCCGAGGGGCUGGGCGUCCCCGUGACGGCGCGCCAGUACGCGGAGCUGGUGCGGCUGACCGGCGGCCGGAAGGCGGAUGCGUCGACGCGCGCGGCGAUUGCGGCGCAGUGGACGUCGAGCACGACGGGCAUGGCCACGCAGGAUUGGUAUGUUAUUGACUGCGCGACGGACGGGCGUCCGGAGCUGGUGUAUGAGUUCGAUCGCCGCGGGAAUUACUCGGUCGGGGCCCAGGAGUACGUGCAGAAGAUCUAUGAGACUGGGGAGUGUUAUCUCAAUGCCCACGUGUGGGAGCAUAGUCGUACGGAGACCGGGGAUGCGACGGUGAUCUCGGUGGGGGAUGGGAUUCUGAAGGGGUUGUAUGUCGUGUUGGACUUUGAGAGGAAUGUGUUUGGGUUGGCGCCGUUGAAG